AUGCCUAAGUGCACUCGGUCAAAUUUGGAUUUACAUACAACUUCUAUCUCUGAAUUACAAUAUAAAUCUUCUCGUCAACAAGUAAAAGGUGAAUUAUCUCUUCAAAUUGAUCCUAUUACAACUAUGUCGACAGCACAUUCUAUUGCGGAAUUGGAUGAUGAUCCCAAAAACCAAGUUAUAGAUUCUGUACGUUUAUCUCAAGAAUAUAUCGAAACAUUUCGUGAAUUAGAACAACAACGAUUAAACUCCAUUAAACUAUUGACUGAAGAAGAAAUGAUAAAUAUUGAUCAAUACUUACUAAAUUUACAAAAUAUCUAUGAGUUACGUUAUUCAAAUUUAUUUCGUGUACAAUAUUCUACGACACAUUUUCAAGAGAAAGAAAAAAUACCGUAUGAACAACACAAAAAAGAAAUAAAUGGUGGUUGGUUAUGUUUUUGUAAUAAAUUAAAACAAUACGUUUAUAAUCGAUUGAAAAUUGGUAUUGAUUAUGCUAGAAAAGAUCAUGCCUCACUAUCUUUGCAUGAAUUAGUCCAACUUAGGCAACUCAUUCGUGAUAAAUUUACUAAAUAUUCAGGCAAUGGUGAUGCUGAAAUGUGGUUAGCCAAGACAGUUACUCAAUUUAAACAAUAUCAAUUAUCACCGUCUGAGCAACUUCAAGCCAUACCAUAUUUAUUGGAUGGGUGUGGAUGUGGUGUCAUUGCAGCAAAUAAAAUAAAUGCACGCAAAAAUAAUAAAUUUCUCUAUCGUGCAUUUCAGGCUUGCUUGAAAAAAUGCCUGGAUAGUGCUGCUAACAUAGAAUCAGUUGAACAAAUUCUUCAUGCUCCACUUGCUAUGGGCAACAAUCGAUCCACAUUACGUAACAUUAAUGGAGAAGUUGGUCUUCUUCCUCAUUCAUCAAAAGGACUUAUCGAUCCAUGUCAUCCUAAAUCAAUAUCAACACGACGUGAACAAGGAGUACCAACACAUCUGCAUGUACUCAAUAGACAAAAUGCGUGGUUUGAUCAUAUUGGUGCUACGAAUGAUCAUCAUCGAGAUGUAAAGAAAAAUAAAACUAAAAAAUGUACAAGACAACACGUACUUGUCUCUACAAUUCUUGCUGUAAUUAUUGUUAUUGUUCUUCUCAGUGUAUUACUUUCCUUAUUUUUGGUGAAAUCAAAAAAAACGGCUACUACUCACACACCUUUACUGCAGUGGAAUUCAACUGGUAUUACUAUAAUCGGCACAACAGGUUAUUCAGGAAAUACUACUAGUCAAUUGUUUCUUCCUUGGGGUCUUGCAUUCGAUUGGUCAAAUGCAUUAUAUAUUACUGAUCAAAAAAACAAUCGAGUUCAGAAAUUUUUGAUGGGCACGUCGACAGGUACAACAGUUAGUGGCCAUGGAAAUGGAACAGGCAGUUCAACUUUAAAUGGUUUACUUGGACCUUUAGGUAUUAUUGUCGACGAAAAUAGUAAUAUUUAUGUAUCUGAUAACGGCAAUAGUCGCGUUAUGUUUUGGCCGAGUAGUGUAUUGUCUCCGUCAUUAUUUGCUGGUAAUGGUACUGCUGGUAGUUCAAUGAAUCAAUUGAAUGAUUCAUUCGGUCUUGCACAUGAUGCAAGUUCAGGUGCAAUUUACAUAGCAGACUCUGCCAAUAAUCGAAUUAUGCGUUUUUUUCCUAACAAUUCUUCAGGUACGCUAGUUGCUGGUGGAAAUGGUAAUGGAAUAAACAAUACACAACUAUCAAUACCUCAGGCUGUUCAUUUUGAUUCAUUGUCGAAUAGCCUUCUUAUUGCAAAUACAGGUGCUCACAAUAUUGUUCGUUGGGUAUUAGGUGCUAGUCAUUGGACCCUUGUUGCAGGCAGCAUUGAUGGAUCAAAUGGUACAUCAUCGACACAUCUCUAUUCUGCCUCACAUGUGACACUCGAUCCGAUGGGUAAUAUGUAUGUAGUCGAUAGAAGAAAUCAUCGAAUUCAAUUCUUUCCAGUUGGUGAAUCGAAUGGUACAACCAUUGCUGGCAUGACUGGUAUAGCUGGCAACAAUUCUAGUCUUCUUAACUUUCCGACUUCGUUGGCACUCGAUAAUCAACUCAAUUUGUAUAUCGUAGAUCGUUCGAACCAUCGAAUACAAAAAUUCUUACGCUAUUAA